AUGAAUUUCCUGGGAUUUGCCAGCCAUUACCGCGAGUUCAUAAAAGGAUACGCAGACAAGGUGUACCCAAUUCAGCAAUUAAUGCUCAACAAAGGGAAGAAGUUCGAACGGAUUGAAAGAGCUCAGGAAUCUUUCGAGAAUAUAAAGCGGGAAUUGUGCAAAGCGCAAGUGCUAGGCAUGCCUACGGAGGAAGGCAUGUACGUAAUUGAUACUGAUACUUCAGUGGUAGCUAUUUCAGGAAAACUGCAUCAGUUGCAAGAAUGGAAUGGGAGAACAGUUCUCCGUCCCAUUUCAUAUGGCAGUAAAGUGUUGAGCGACACUGACAUGAAACUUGGUGCACCGAAAGCAGAAAUGUUGCGGUAUUCACGUUCGUGA